AUAAAAUGGGAUAAGAUUGCAAUCUCCAUGCCACGACCCACAUCCCUAUCCACUCCCCACCAUUUCAUUUCAUUUCAUUUAUUUUACUCCAUUUUCAAAGGAGCAGAAGCUGUUUUUCCUUCAUUACCUCCCCCUUUUUACACACUUGGAUUGACCCUUCUACCAAACCCCAACCACUGUUUUCUUUUCGAAACCGUGUGCCAUACCCGUUCAUCGGUUAAAUUCAUCCCACGAAAAACAUCUUUAUUCCUUUGAACCAUCUGAAAUGGCGACUGCUUUUGGAGUGAUGGGUCGCUUUGCGGAUUGCGGAUCUGAACCCGCGUCAUCGAUUCGGUUGAGGAAGAAGAAGGAUGGGGGCAGUCGCAAUGCGGGCGGGUUCAAACUCUUCUGCCUUUCUUCUUCUCUCACAGAUCAUUAUCAGACUCUCAGGAUCCACCUUGGAGCUUCUGAAUCUCAGGUCAAGACAGCUUUCAGACACCUUGCUCUUCAGUAUCACCCGGACGUGUACAGAGGAAGCGACAACGGCGUGAAAUUUCACCAAAUUGUUGAAGCCUAUGAUCUCUACUUUUAAAACAUUUUUAUGGGUUAUGAAGAUGGUCAUGACAAAUUUGAAAAGUGAAAUGAGGGGAGAGGUGGAGGCGACACAUCAUCCAAAGAGUAUGGUGGAUGAAGAAGAGGAUACAUAUUGGGAAGAGCCAUGGGAAGAGUGGAUGGGAUGGGAAGGAGCAGCACCCCCCCACGACUAUUCGUCCCAAGUUUAAACCCGUACAUUUAAUAAUUUGAACUCUUUCUGAUCUGAAGCACAUCUUCUUUCUAUUGCAUAGAUGAUAAUGGUGGUUUUGAGAGAAUGAAAUGGAAGCCCACCAGUCUGGAGAUGGUUGUGGUUUCUUGUGUACAGAAGUCUCAAAAGUUCUCUCUUGGUUAGCUUGUACAUAAACAGCAUUGUGUUGUUCACAUUGCCAGCUUUCUUUUUCUUGUUGUACAUUACAUGAAAUACGGAGUAUUUAAUUUCAUGGUUUUGUGUUCCUUACUGUUUCAUGUACUUGUAUUACUUCCUCCGUUCCUUUUUAAUUGCAACAGUCAACAUUUCACGUUUGCCAA